AUGAGCGCAUUCCCACCUGCAUUCCCACCUGCAUUCCGCACAGCGCAAGUCCUAGGCUUGACAGGCGCCGCCUGGCUAUCAGGCAACAUCCUCUCCCUGAGCAUGAUCACCACCCCCGCCCUCCUCCAAUCCCUCCACGAAAAACAAGCCACCCCGUCCACCGCCGCCAAGCUCUGGGCCAACAUCUACACGUGCGGCAAGACGCAGAACCCGCCUAUUGCGGCCGCGACUGCAGCCGUGUUCUUCUACCUGGCCUGGUCCGUCCGCGAGGGCACGGCACUGUCGCUGUUGACGGCGCGGAACAGCGGGCUCUUGUAUGGUGUUGCUGGGGUGUUGACCGGGGGGAUUAUUCCGUUUACGCUUGCGUGUAUGAUGGGGACGAAUCGGUCGCUGGAGGCUAAGGUGGGAUCCAAGGAUGAGAUCGAGGGGACGCGGACAGAUGUUGAGACGCUUUUGAGGAGAUGGGGGGUGUUGAAUGCUGUUCGGGGAGCGUUGCCUUUGGUUGGCGCGGUGGUUGGGGUGCUUGCUGCGUUUUCUUGA